AUGUCUCUCCGAACAACCCGUCUGACAUCCCUGCUCACCCGAGCAGCCGCGAGAGCACCAUCCACAACACUCCGUCCGUUCCUGGGAGCUUCAGCAUUAUCUGUCCAAAUCCCCAGCCAAAGCUCAAGGCAGACGCAACCAUUCCCCUUACCAAUCUCAAACCAAGUCCAAACUAGAGGCUACGCCCUCGGCGCCACAACCGGUAAAUCUCAAGCCGAUCUUCUCGUCGACGAGUUACAGGAAUUGUACGAAGUUGCAAAAGACGAAUUCGAAAUCGCAACCGACAGCACCGACAACGCCACCAUCUACGCCGCCUCCGACCGUGAAUCCUGCCGCGACGCCCUAAACCAGCUCCUCGCAACCUACUCCCUCUAUACAUCCUCUGAGAUCCGGUCCACGGCCGAAUCGCACCAGCCACAGCAGGCGCAGCCGGAUGAUAGUGGGAUGGAUGCUGUGGGGACGGGGUAUGAUCCCGGGGAUAUUGAGCCGGCGGUGAGGGAGGAGGUUAGGAAGAGGGUCGGGCAGAGGGUUAGGGAGUUGGAUAAUGCGGUGGGAUUGUUGGAGGAUAGGGCCCAGGCUGAUUGA